ACGAGCUCUCAGUGCAGCAGCAGCAGCAACGUGUCCGGUUCUUCUGUGUCUGUCACUCUUUGUUCGAAGCGUUUUAAUCUUAAACUCGUCUUUUCUUUCGCACCGUUGUCGUGUUGAGCACCGACCUGCUUCAGUAUGUCUGGCUUCGACGACCCGGGAGUUUACUUCAGUGACAGCUUCGGAGGAGGAGGAGGAGGAGGAGGAGGAGAGGGACACGGCGCGGACGAAGGCGGACAGAAGCGGAUCCAGAUCAAGAAGCGGUUCCGCGAGUUCCUGCGCCAGUUCCGAGUGGGAACAGACCGCACCGGCUUCACCUACAAAUACAGAGAUGAGCUGAAGAGACACUACACUCUUGGAGAGUACUGGGUGGAGGUGGAGAUGGAGGACCUCGCGAGCUUCGACGAGGAUCUGUCGGAUUGUCUGUACAAGCUUCCCACUGAGAAUCUGCCUCUGCUGGAGGAAGCUGCGAAAGACGUGGCAGAUGAGGUGACUCGUCCUCGGCCUGCAGGGGAGGAGACGGUGCAGGACGUCCAGGUCAUGCUGAAGAGCGACGCCCAUCAUGCGUCUAUUCGUAACCUGAAGUCGGAGCAGGUGUCUCGUCUGGUGAAGGUGCACGGCAUCAUCAUCUCCGCCACGGCCGUGAAGGCAAAGGCCACCAAGGUGUGUCUGCAGUGUCGCGGCUGCCGCAACGUCAUCAACAACAUCCCCCUGCCCCCGGGCCUGCAGGGUUACGCUCUGCCGCGCAAGUGCAACACUGAGAAUGCCGGCAGAGUCAAGUGUCCCAUCGACCCGUACUUCAUCAUUCCCGACCGAUGCGUUUGCGUGGACUUCCAGACUCUGCGCCUGCAGGAAUCUCCGGACGCUGUGCCUCAUGGAGAGAUGCCCCGUCACCUGCAGCUCUAUUGUGACCGGUAUCUGUGUGACCUUGUGGUGCCUGGUAACCGAGUCACCAUCGUGGGCAUUUACUCCAUCAAGAAAAUGGCUGCUGCAAAGGCCAAAGGCAGAGAGAAGAGCGCUGGGGUGGGCAUUCGUGCGUCCUACCUGCGAGUGGUUGGCAUCCAGGUGGACACGGAAGGAACAGGUCGUGGUGCGACCGGAUCCGUUUCUCCUCAGGAGGAGGAGGAGCUGAGAGCACUGGCUGCAUCUCCUGACGUCUACGACUCUCUGGCGCGCUCCGUUGCUCCCUCCAUCUACGGCAGCGAUGAUCUGAAAAAGGCCAUCACCUGCCUGUUGUUCGGCGGGUCGAGGAAAAGGCUGCCGGACGGCCUCACCCGCAGAGGCGACAUCAACCUCCUGAUGCUGGGAGAUCCCGGUACGGCCAAGUCUCAGCUGCUGAAGUUCGUGGAGAGAUGCUCGCCUAUCGGGGUUUAUACCUCGGGUAAGGGCAGCAGUGCGGCGGGUCUGACGGCCUCGGUGCUGCGGGACCCCACCACACGUGGAUUCAUCAUGGAGGGAGGAGCCAUGGUGCUGGCUGACGGCGGAGUCGUGUGCAUUGAUGAGUUUGACAAGAUGAGAGAGGACGACAGAGUGGCCAUCCACGAGGCCAUGGAGCAGCAGACCAUCUCCAUCGCCAAGGCGGGCAUCACCACCACCCUGAACUCCCGCUGCUCUGUUCUGGCCGCAGCCAACUCGGUGUACGGACGCUGGGACGACACAAAGGGCGAGGACAACAUUGACUUCAUGCCCACCAUCUUGUCCCGCUUCGACAUGAUCUUCAUCAUCAAAGACCACCAUGACCAGCAGAGAGACAUGACGCUGGCUCGUCACGUGAUGAACGUUCACCUGAGCGCUCAGACGCAGACGGAGGGCGUCGAGGGCGAGAUCCCGCUGGCGACCUAUAAGAAAUACAUUGCCUACUCCAGAGCUAAAUGUGGCCCUCGUCUGUCUGCGGCAGCUGCGGAGAAGCUGAAAAACAGAUACGUGGUGAUGAGGAGCGGAGCGAGGGAGCACGAGAGGGAGUCGGACAAAAGGCCCUCCAUCCCCAUCACUGUCAGGCAGCUGGAGGCUGUGGUGCGUAUCGCAGAAUCUCUGGCCAAGAUGAAGCUGCAGGCUGUGGCCGGAGAGGAAGAGGUGGACGAGGCCCUCAGACUCUUCCAGGUUUCCACUCUGGACGCUGCGCUCUCUGGCAGCCUUUCAGGCGUGGAGGGCUUCACUUCUCAGGAGGACCAGGAAAUGGUCUCGCGCGUCGAGAAGCAGCUGAAGAGACGCUUCGCCAUCGGCUCCCAGGUGUCGGAGCACAGCAUCGUCCAAGACUUCACCAAACAGAAAUAUCCAGAGCACGCGAUCUACAAAGUCCUGCACCUGAUGCUGAGGAGGGGCGAGCUUCAGCACCGCAUGCAGAGGAAAGUGCUCUACAGAGUCAAGUAGAGCUUCCUGCUGCUCCAGGCCUCGUCCACGCUCUUAAUGUAAAUAGAUGUUGUGUUCUUAUGUGUGCGCCACUCGAUCUACAGAUUAUCUCUGUUCUCAUUCUCAGUGCAAAGCUGUUCUGUUCAGUUGGAUUGGAAAAUAAAGACAAGAAAAUGUUACGUUGUUUAAAGAUGAUUUUUGUCAAUAUAAAGAUGUUAAUGUCUGCAUACUUUGUGAAAAAUAAAAAAAAAUAAUUAUGUGAAUAAAUUU